UAUAAAUAUUAACCUGCAGUAAUGAUUUAAAGUAAAAGUUGAAAGUUGCAUCAAAUGUCAAUAAUUACAUCAUAAUCAAUGAUUAAUGUCAUUAUGAUCCUGACUGUGUGUGUGUGUUGUUAUGUGAGUUUGUGUGUGUGUGUGUGUGUGUGUGUGAGUGUGUGUGUGUGUGUGCAGCAGCCUAUUACUGCUGAAGUCCUCUUGGUGACGCUCUGCUGACAUCACUGUGAUAUUCCACAUCUCACACACACACACACACACACACACACACACCGGCACACACCCACCGACACACACCGAGCUCCGCUCUCCGGCCGCCCGCACUUAGUUUCUGUUCCUCCGCGGAGUGUCAGCGUUUCUCCGGCGGAUACCUGCGCGCACCGAGGGCGGCCCGCACUGGGAGGGGUCCGAGGCAGGAGCGACACAAAGUUCCACACGGUCCGGACCGGAGAGGGGCUCCGCACACACGGACACCGAGCCAGCGACCAGCCGUAACUUGGCCGAACCCGGGCGGCGUCACUCCGAACUGAGCUCGAAGUUUCCCGCGGCUGAUCGGAGAAGGAAAUAAUCUGGAGCUUCCCGCUGUUGUGGAUUUUAUCGUCCACCUUGGGUCCCGAGCAGAAGAAUGGCGAGAGGCUACGCGGCGCGCUGCCCGGUGUCUCCGGUGAAGAGCGCUUGGCUGGCGGCGGCGGCGGCGGUGGUUCUCCUCGUGGCUGAAGGUAUCAGCGCUCAGAAGGUGCGAGUGGAGGAGGAGCUGGAGGCGUACCCCACGGAGUCGGUGGACCUCACCUGCCAGUUCAUCGAUGGAGCCGGACGCACCAAGCUCACACAGGUGUCCUGGAUAUGGGAACCCACCGAGGGACAGAGGGACAACAUUGCAGUUUACCACCCGAGCUACGGACAGAGUUUCCCCAACUUGGCUUUCAAAGAGCGUGUUGUGUUCCUGAACAACAGCCUGGAGAACCCGUCCAUCAGGAUCUCUCAGCUGAGGAUGUCCGAUGCCGGUCGCUACACCUGCGAGUACGCCACCUAUCCCUCUGGAAACGAGCAAGGCACCACCACCCUCAUCAUGCUCGCCAAGCCUAAGAACUCAGCCAAGGUGGUGACAGUCCAGGCCGGCACCAAGUCGGUGGUGGUAGCUCAGUGCGAGGCGGCGGAGGGCAAACCAGCAGCGACCAUCAAGUGGCUGGUGUCGGUGGGAGGAAACCACUCCACCAGCACCACGAGCGGCCCCGAUGGGACGGUGACGGUACGCAGCGAGUACCGACUGGUUCCCACCGCCACGGAUAACGGCAGAGAGGUGACCUGCAUGGUGGAGCAGAGGACGCAGGAGCGGCCGUGGGUCUACCCUCUCAAACUCUCCGUGGAGUACCCGCCCUCCGUGUCCAUAGAGGGUUACGACAACAACUGGUACGUUGGUCGCUCCGACGCCGUGCUCCAGUGUCUGGCCAGCGGCAACCCGGUGCCCACCACCUUGACCUGGACCACGGCGUCUGGUUCUCUGCCCGACACGGUGGUGGUGGACGGAAACAAGCUGCUGGUGCGGAAGGUGGACGACGCCGUCAACACCACCUUCAUCUGCGAGGUCAAGAACAAGCACGGGGCCAGCCGCCACCAGAUCACCACCAUCGUCAUCGAAGCCCUGGAGGAUCCGCUCAGUGCCGGCGUCGUGGCGGGCGCCGUGAUUGGCUCCCUCCUGGCCCUGCUAUUGGUUGUCGCGCUCGUUGGCGUUCUCCUGAGCCGCAGCCGCCGGCAGCAGAGGCGUGGCUACCCCAGCGGCAGCGACUCCACCGCGGCGGGCAGCGGGGGGGGCAACGGCGGAAAUUAUGGCAACAAAGCUCGGCUGCUUUUCAGCGGCACCGGCAACAAGAACGGGACGGGAGCCAACAACAACGGGCCGGUCUACACGUACCGGGAGGGCUGCGACGCCACGGGCACUCUGACGGAAAAGGCCAACGACUUCCACCAUCACCAUCUCCACCUCUCGACCGCCAGCAAGCCCCCGUCGGCCCACGACAUCCUCCUCAGCGGCGACAUGGGCGAGGCCGAGAGGAGGAAGUUCGACCUGGAUGACAGCACGGAGGAGGAAGAGGAGCAGUACGAUGGGUUCGGAGGCGUCGGGGGAGGCGGGAACAUGCUGCCCCCGGCCUAUCACGUGCGCAGGGGCCACGGCGGCGAGGAGGAAAUGGACGUGUACCUCGACGACGACAUGGAGUCUCAGAGAGAUGGCUCCGUCAUCUCCCGGACUGCCAUUUACGUCUGAGGUCGCAGGGCAGGAAAGACGAGGGGCUGAGAAUAGGGAACCGAGAUGUGGUGGAGGAAGUGGGGGAAUCCGGGCCCCCCCCCUUCAACAGCGAAUAAAUCAACACGGCCUCCAUCAGCUAUAAACACCGACGCCAUCAAUUAUAUCCUCUCUGCUUGACUGUGUCAUCUUAAAAAAAGAGGAUUGAAAGAAACUUGAUGAAUUCAGAAGUUGUUGUUGUGAAGCGGAUGAAAGGGAAACCUGUGGUGGCAGAGGUGCACUGUGGGUAAUUAUGUGUGUAGCUGCAUCAUGGAGACAAAAAAAGAAAAAACCCACAGAGACUCUGGACGCGAUGCUAACCGCUUCUUGUUCCUUCAGCUUUGCAAGUGUGUUGACGUGCUGAGUGUUCGUGUUUUCUACGAUAAAAAAAACGUAAUCUGCAAAACAGCAAAACCACAAAACCACAAAACCGCAGCUACUCCAGGACUGCCUUCCUGUUUCAAAAUAAAAGUCCUUCAUCCACACAUGGAAAAGGCUUCUGUGGACGUCGGCCGCUCGGCUGCAGACUCUGGUUCUUCACCUGCACCGAUUUUAAAACUUGAAAAGUCUAACUUUGUUUCCGCUCAUCCCCCCCCCCCAACCUGCUGACUCCGCCCGGUUGUCCUGGUGGGUGCAGCCGAAGCGAGGCCACCUAACAGAAGUGACACAACAGACUGAGCAGCGUGUGCUAAUGUGCGGCUGGCUGUGGUGUUAAUGAUGUGCAUCGUGUGUGUAUCGGGUGCCGUGUCACUAUAGCACAAUUGUUGUUGUUAUUGUCGAUGUAGAUGUUGUCGUUGUUCUCGUUGUCUAAUAGUGUUGAUCUCUCGAAAAGAAAAGAAGCACCGGGAGCCUUGGGGGUUCACACAGCUCCACGUUGGGUCGGUAAUGACUCAGUUAAUGGGUAAAAAAAGAUUCUUCUUUGUUUGCAACUCUCUUUUCUUUCCCUCCUCUUUUCUCUCCAUGCUCUCUGCCUCUCUUUCUCCAUCAUGUCUUCCUGUUCCACAUGCAUCCCACACUGUUUGUUUUCCUAAGCCGUGUCCCACACACAUUACACUCCUCUCUUAUUCUGUGUUUUUCUUUAUUUACAUAACGGGCAGCUUAGAUGAGAGCCGUAAUGACUGUGUGCAGGGAGAAGGGGAUAACUCCUUUUCAUAGUCCUAUCUGGGUCGCAUUCAACCAGGCAACAUAUUCACCGGCUUUGUUGGAGGCUGCUGCGUUUCAUUUAUUCAUUUUCCAUGUUCCGCAGAAUGUUCUGAGGAUAUGAACCGGAUUAUUCCGUGUUCUGUAUCCUGAUUGGACAGGAAGACACGGUCCAAGACACAUUUCAAGAGAGGAUGUGAACGCAGGUUGAAUGAAAUCCCAAACUCCCAGAUCUUUGUUUCUUGUACGUGGCGAAGCUGCAGCUAAACACAAAGGUUAAACAUAGUGCGACAGGAGGAGACUCUUUGUCUUUAAUGAGACAUUAAACAUUGAGAUUACAGUGAAUUGUUCACCGAAGAUGCAGAACUGCAUUUUAAAUAUUGCAGCUUUUUAUUCUUGUGUUUUGAAAACUGCACUUUUUACAUUUCUUGUCUGAAUGGAUCAUUUUCAAACACUUCUGCUAAUCCAUCACUGAGACGUAGCUCUCAUGUGUCUGCACACAUUUGCCUUAUUGGUUUCCAGAUUUUUCCGACUCAUCUGUUGUUGUUUUUUUCAGGGCACAAAAUCUUAAUUAACUGUUGUAUUAUAUGACUUAGUUAUGUUGGACGUGAGGUGACAGGAGGAGGCUGACGAUUGGGUGUAAUGUAAAAAGAACAAACUCGCCUCAUCCUCUGCUUUCCAGUCUCAUGCACAACACACAACAUCUACUUAAACCCCAUUUACACCUGGUUUUAAAAUGGAUUCCAUCUGAAUGCGGUUGGAUCCAGCUUGACCAAAAGUAAAGUACAGGUGUAUAUACACCCAGGAUGCAUUGAGGACAUACUGGGCUCUGAUUGGUCCGACCACCUCAGGAGGACAAUCGGAGUGAAGACGAGGAGGUGACGUGAGGGAUCAGAUCUCAAAGUCGAUAAUCAGGUUGAAUCUAUAUCCAGAUGUUGAAGCUGGAUACCAGACACGUUUUAAAUUCCAGGUGUAACUGGGCGUCUCUGCUGCUUUAGAAGUGCAGUGUGAUUGUGUGAUUGUGUGAUUGUGUGUUGGUGGCUCGAGUCGUUUUGCAGUCGAGGAUACUGUGAGUGAAAUCAAAGCUAAAACUGUGUGGUAUUAAAGGUUUUGUAUAAUCAUGUCAUUAAAUCCAUGAAAGCAUUUUAGAAGUGUUGUGAAUAUCAACACAGGUCAAAUUCACGGGGGAAGGAUCAGAAAAGGGAAUUCUGAUUUUAAUGGUUCACCAAAAAUUAUUGUUUUCAGUCUUGUAUCAUUUAAUUUGUUCUUUUUUAAUUGAAUUUAAGAACUUGUUGUGAUAAUUAAGACAUUUUUAACUAAAAGAAACUGUCAAUGAGCUGAAAGCUGAGAUAUUUGAAGCUGAGAUGUUUUCUCGUGUUAAAGCAACACAGUGUAAUGGGUACAGAGCAACAGCGCCCCCUGCAGACACACGUGGCGAUUCAUUUGUGUCCUAGCGAUGAAGUGGUUUUAACGUGAAGUGAGUGUCGCCUCACUCACUGAAUUGAAACACAACUGAACGCUGGAUAUUACCCAUGAUCCUCUGCUUCCUGAACCAGAAGAUCUGGACUGUAACAAUUCCACCAAACUCUGUUCAGAAUUCUUCAUAUUUCAAAAGUUUCCUCCUCAAUAUUGAUAACUCGUUUUUGAAUGACUUUAAAAAAAAAAAAAAAACUGAAUCUUCAUCUCAUUCUAUUCAAGCGGAUGUUUUACGGUAAAGAAAUUCCGCGGUGUUGGUUUAACCACGCCCCCUUUUCAGAUCCACGCCCCCCCGUGCCGGCGCAGGUCCCUCAUUGUUGAUCGUUGUCGAACUUUGUGCGAUUUGUUCGUCUGUAAAUGAGACGUGUGUUGCAUUUCAGUGGCGGCAUGUCGUCACGUGUCACAGUGUAUUCGGACGUGUUACCAGUUCAUCUCCCAGUAACGGAGAAACAGCUAGACUGGGACUUCACAUGCGUUAGAAGCUGAUCAUUGUGUCACUGCAGUACAGUUUGAAGUGUGUCUUCAGCUCCGGAGGGUGCACGCAUGCUUCAAGAUACACAAAUAUGUCAAAGUGUGUUGGUCUUUACAUUUUAAACUUUACAUUUACAGCUGCUUAUCAUCAUUUUAGUUUGAUCUCAAAUUGGAAAUAUAACCGGUUCUACUUAGACUUUCUAAUGUUGUAUGAAUUAAAGUCCCUGAGGCAUAAGGCUCCAGCCGAUGUGAACACGACACCACAGUGACGUGUUCUGUUUGGCCGCUCUGCCUCAACACAUCUUUCCUCCAGAGGUUCCUCUCGCCGCUCGUUCACUCGACUGUGAUCUCAACGCCGGCUCCUAAUGAGCUCCAGAGUCUGGAAGCGUGCGUGCACCCUCGCUGAGGAAACUCCUCCUCACUCAUAACUCUUGUUUUUGCACAACCCAUUUUCAAUAAAAAGAUAAACUUUCUGAAACAGUU